AUGGCCUCCAUCAACACCAACCACACCUCACGAACCUUCUACUCAUCUACAUCAUCGCCCAAAGACGCUGACACACCCGAAUCAUCGAGCUCUACGUCCACAAACCCCAGUGAUAGAGCUCUACCUGCCCCGGGAGAAUCAGCUACAACUCUGGAUGUUUCUGGCGGCGGCACAACCAUCAAGCUAGACCAUCUGGGCCCUCUUGUUGUGAAUGUAGAUGGAACUAUGUCCCGCAUCACGAAUUGGUCUCAGAUGGCGGACAUUGAGAAGGAGAAUACGUUGAGGAUUUUGGGGAGGCGGAAUAAGCAGCGGUUGGAGGCGGUGAAGAAGGCCAAGGAGAAUGAGUGA